AUGUUGAAUCGAGACGAUUUGAAGUCAAAAGAAGACGGCUCGAGUAGUGUAGGAGGAGAUUACACGGCUAUGGUUAUAUUAUCCGGAUAUGAAGCAAACACAAGCCGCAUCGAGAAAUCUGUCACCCCGAGAACCGACGAAAAAGAGAAGGAAGCCGUAGACGAAGGAGAACAAGAGAAGGAAGCCGUAGACGAAGAGAAUAAAGAUAGAGAAGAAGAGAAUGAGCGGAAAGAAGUGGAAGAGGAAAUGGAGCCCCAAAGAGACGAUGAAACGGCGAUAAUUGUACGACCACAUGGAACUGAGUCGCAUGUAGAGUCGAAAGGCUCGGCACAAGUUUUCUUUGAAGAACAUUUCCACAUCAAUUGUGAGGCUUGCACAACAAAGCUUAAAGGUCCCACCGAUACUAUCGGAGGACCAUCGAAUAAUGCGCAAUCUGGUAAGGCUCAUUCAGAUUCGGUGGAGGAUACUGGAUCUGAGGCUUUAAAAGCGAUGGGCGGUCGGCUUAUGAAAUCAAUCGAAGAUGCUGUGAAGGAUGCUAUGAAGGAUUUGAAGAAAACAGUCUCUUCAUUGUCUGACAAGGUAACUCUUCUAGAAGACGAAGUGAAAAGUCUUAGGUCGAGUGGUGAUAAUCCGUCGGAGGAGAAUAAGGAGUCGGACGAAGAGGGUGAUGUUGAUAAGGCAUCGGAAGAAGAGGAUGGUGGUGAUAAGGAGAGUAAGGAGUCGGAGGAAGAGGAUGAUGUUGAUAACGCAUAG